AAUAGAAACGUUAAUGAUCUCCCAACCACCAUUCCAGCAACAAGAAAUUCCUCCCUCCACAAAUUUCAUCAAAUAAAAUUGGGGUCAAAACAAAUCGACCAUUUUUUGUUUCUUGGAAAGUCUUCAGUUUCCCACCCUCUGUAUCCCUACAAUGACCACCUUACCUUCACAAAACCUGCAAUCGGUGCGACCUCUAUGUUUUUCUUCACUCAAUUCUCUUAAAUUUGGAUCUCAAACUCCUUCAUUGAAAUUUCCCAUUUCUUCUCCUAUAAAAUUAAAACCAGCCAAGCUUUUCACAAGCAAUAAUGGCACCAACAACUCUGGGGUCGUGGGAAAAGCCUCUGCCUCUGAAUUCAGUGCAGAUAUAGGUGACGUCCUUGGGGAUGUUACCAUUUUCACUGCUGCUGAUCAGCCUGUCUUUCUCAAAGACCUUUGGGACCAAAACCAAGGAAUUGCAGUUGUUGCACUUCUACGCCAUUUCGGAUGCCCUUGUUGCUGGGAACUUGCUUUAGGAUUGAAAGAAGCAAGAGCAAGAUUUGAAUCGGCUGGAGUUAAACUGAUUGCAAUCGGCGUUGGUACACCUAACAAAGCACGUUUGCUUGCAGAACGGCUACCAUUUCCAAUGGAUUGCCUUUACGCUGAUCCAAACCGGGAGGCAUAUGAUAUUUUGGGCCUAUAUUAUGGCUUUGGUCGUACAUUUUUCAACCCAGCAAGUACUAAAGUGUUUUCAAGAUUUGAGUCCCUGCAAGAAGCUGUAAAAAACUAUACAAUUGAGGCCACCCCUGACGAAACAAGUAGUGUACUGCAACAGGGAGGGAUGUUUGUGUUCAAAGGUAAACAACUGUUAUAUGCUCAUAAAGAUGAAGGAACAGGUGACCAUGCACCUUUAGAUCAAGUGUUUGAUAUAUGUUGCAAAGUUCCAGCAUAAUGAUAAAGUUAAAAUACAUCUAUUUGUAUAGAAUUUGAGAUUUAGUCCCUGUAUUUUAAAAUUUUAAAAUUUAACCCUCCUACUCUUUUAAUUUAAAAUCCUUAAUCCAA